AUGUCUAUCCCCGCCGUCUCUUUAUGUUUGGGCUUCCUGGAGGUAAUCCUGAAACUCGCCACCUCCAGCGCUUGCAGCAGCGGCCGCGGCGGCGGCAGCAGCGGGACGGAGCUGGAGCAAAACAAAUCGAGGCACGGCAAAUGGUGUAAUUCGAUCCAUCUCCAAGUCAAUCCAUCAGGCGAGCCCGAGCCGAGUUCCCUCCCCGCACUCCCUCUCUUUCUCCCUCUCUCCCUCGCUCUCCCUCGCUCUGCUCUUUCUCUCUCCGCUGCUCGCUACGCGGAUACACCCCCGGGGAGCCGACAGCAGGAGGCGCGGGCGGCCGGGCGCGCUGGUCCUCACUGGAGCGCAGCGGCCAGCGCCGCCUGGAGGCCCCCACCCCAGCGUCGCGGCCCCGCUGACCCCACGGUGGCCUCCGCGUCCCUCCUCCCGGCGCGCUGCUGCUCACCCUCCUCCUCCCCACCUCCUUCCAGCAACUCCCAGCGCCUUAGCCCUCCAGCUCCCGGAGGUUGCUGCGUGCAGCCUGCGAGCAGCUUUUCCUCGCUUUUCCUCCUUCUUUCCCCUUCUUUCUUUCUCUCUCUCUCUUUUUUCCCUCGCGCCCUCACUUUUUCUUUUCUUUCCCAGAGCUUUCCUCCUGUCAUCCAAAGGAUAAAUCAUUCAUCCCCGAGGAGUUGAAGGCGCAGUUGCUCGGCCAUAUCCGGCAGUCCUCAGGGCUUACUCCUGUCUCUGCACUCAAGAUCACUCCUGGCAGACUCAUAAGG